AUGUCCUCAGGGAUUCGUGGCCUAGGCUCCAGGCUAGGCCAUUACCCAGCACUGGCAAAGGACAAUGGUGGCUAUUACAAAUAUAUACCAGAAGGCGUCCAGAAGAACGACGGUGAAAGAGGUCAAGAUGACCUGCUGACCAGUCUCACCAGAGACCUGGAAGUGUGGUGUCAGGCAUGGGAGCGGCACAACAACCAGCACACCGCCAUUCAACCUACAGUACCAAAAACACUGGAUGAAAUCAGGAAUGAAUCUGCAUUGUUGAACACAGACUUGCCUGAUGGAGUUGAAAGAGGUCAAGGUGACCUGCUGACCAGUCUCACCAGAGACCUGGAAGCAUGGUGUCAGGCAUGGGAGCGGCACAACAACCAGCACACCGCCAUUCAACCUACAGUACCAAAAACACUGGAUGAAAUCAGGAAUGAAUCUGCAUUGUUGAACACAGACUUGCCUGAUGGAGACAACAAAGGAAAGCCUGCAAAGUAUGUAAAGGGAGCUGACCACAUCCUGGAAACCACUGGGGAGAUUUCCUACAAAGAAGAUCUACUCAGAGAGCUCAAGGGAGUGUUGGAGGCCUCUAGCAAUCUUGCCGUUCUUGAUCAAAGAGAACCUGAGUCCUGGAGAGAGACACUUCAGCGUCUCCUACAAGAGAAUGAAAUGCUCAAAUCAUCACUAGCGACAAAAGAAGAAACCAUCCAGCUCCUCCAGGCCAGAAUCGAGACACUAUCUCAUGGUAUGUUGCAGAAAACCAAAGUGGAGAGAAAAUAUCAAGAAAUGUCCCUAGAACUCAAGCAAAUAAAGAAGAAGGAAGAUCGUCUAGAGAAGCUCAUGGAAGGUAAAGAGCUCUUUCUCACAGUGAAAAUUCAUCAGGUACGUUCCCUGCAGAGUCAUCUGACAGACAUCCAGGAGGAGAACAAGACAUUGAAGCAAACCAUAAAGAGGCUUCGAGAGUCAGUGUGUCUUGAACAUGCGUUCAGAAAGAUUGGUACACAGCCCAUCAUGGAUGGAAACUAUGUUGACCAAAAGUCAGAAGACACUGACUUGGCACAAAAUGUCCAAGAGACUGACAUCAGAUGCACAAUAUCCAAACAGGGAUUUGCCCAAGUCCUUGAAAAUCUUGGACAAUUCUUCUCAACCAAAGAAGACCUUCCAAAACACCUAAAAGAUUUCCUAGAGGCCUCCAAUCAGGGAGGAUUCACAAAAGAGUCAGCAGAGCUGACAAAGUCUGUUCCCUUGGGGGAGCCCGCUGAAGGCCUUGAAGGAGCCAUGGAAACACUGCAACCAUCUCGAGUAACCAAGGAAAGCACAGUCAGGCUCCUCAAGGAAGAAAUACCCAGAAGGCCUUCUUCAAAGCCUGACACCACCACAAGGGAGGCACAAAACCAGCAGAUGUCUUCACAAAUCAGACAACUGAAGAAGAACCAGGCAUAUUUGCAAAAAUUAAUAAAAGGUAAAGACAUUUCCAUCAAUGCCAAAAAUAGGCAAUUAUGUUCUCUGAACAAACAGCUUGCAGAGAAAGAGAGAGAGAAUAACAUUUGGGAGAAAAUCAUGAGGAAACUCUGUCACUCCUCCACUGAGAACAUCAACCUGGAGACCGAGGAGGACCAAAAGUCUGCAGAACUCAGAAAACUGAAGAAGAAACAACAUAAAUUAGAGAAAGUAAUGAAAGCAAAAGGGCUUGUUGUGAAAGCCAAAACUUACCAGGUACACACACUGGAAGACACCCUUCUCAAGAAAGAGGAGGAGAACAGCAUUUUAAAGCAAGCCAUGAGAAAAUUAGAAGAAGCAGUGUCCACACUGCAGAUGGAUAUAGCCAAACUCCAACAAGAACAGGAGAAAAGCCUUGAAACAUUUCAAGAAGAGAAGAAAGUUUUCGAAGACACCAACACGAUGAUGCCCAAGUCCUUCCCAGGGAAGGAGGGGGCUGCCUGUGAAUUAAGGGAGGAACUCCCCUCUGGGGCACAGCUGGUAAUAGAAAAAGAAGACACAUCCCAGCAGCUCUUGAGUGCCACAGAGUCCAUGCUGAAGAAGAGUCCCGAGAUUGAGCAGGGGAGAGAGGAAAUGCUGCUGGCCCUGCAACAAGAUCAGCUGCAGGAAGAGCCCCUGCAGAGCACAGUGAAGCAUUCACAAGACAAGUUAAGCUGGGAGCAGGACAGAGAGCAGUACCAUCUUGAACAGUCCCAAGAUUCUCCCCUGGUUGAAGCCCUGCAGGAGGAAGAUGGACAAGGUGCUGUUCAAUCAGAAGCAGGAGCAGAGAGCAGACCUCUGAGAGCUCUGAUUAGCCCAUCCAGUGCUUUUGGCCCUGUGAUUGAGCCACCCUGUGGGGAAGCACAGAUGCCACUGCCUACACUGGCCACCUGCACUGCCAGCCUGAGUGGCCAGGCUGAGGCCAAGGUGGAACCCAAGCAGCUGCCUGCUGAGCCUAAUCCCUCCACCACAGGACACAAGAAGCUGCUCACCACCAAGGUUGUGGGAACCGUGGUGUGGUUCAAUGUCAAGUCCAGAUAUGGCUUCAUCAGGCGCCAUGACAUGCAAGAAGACAUCUUUGUUCAUCACACGGCUAUCAAGAGCUACAAUGGCAGGUCUUACCUGCCCAGCCUAGCAGAUGGUGAGACAGUAGAGUUUGAUGUGGAGGAGGGCAGGCAGGGUGUGCAGGCUGCCAAUGUUACAGGCCCUGGUGGAGCUGCAGUGAGGGGCAGCAGAUACAUGGCCGAGUGGCGUGGUUCCCAUUUCUUCCCAGGACGCAGGGCUCCUCGGUACCAUCCCCUGGGGAGACACUUCAGCAUCCACACUGAGGGCUCAGGCAGCCUGUGCGACUUCCAGGCCCAAUCCCGCUGGCCCCAAGAAUGCCCAAGGGUUGUGCGCUGCUACCAGCCGAGACAGGAUUCCCACACUCUGGUGUUGCAUGAAAGGGUAGAAGAUGCCCAGAGCCCAGCUGCAGGACAAUACCAAGUGCAGAGCCAAGACCAGGGAGAAGACACCCAAGGCCAGCAGCCUCCUCUCAGGUGCUCCUCAUGCAGCUGGAAUUUGAGGCCUCUACGCCAAGAUGGCACAGAGGCCAGGGCUGCCCAGCAUGCUGCUGGCAAGGCACGCUCUUCUGAUUCAGUGUAG